AUGUCUACUCCUUCGUCGUCUCGUCGUCGUGGACGUCCCUCGCGGUCGUCUGCUAACUCUACUCCGUCCAGGGGCACUGCGCAACCGCAGGUGGUUAUCUCCAGCCCCGCCCCUUCUCGCCAGACUCAGGACAAUUCAGACCAGACCACGACGCCUCGCAACCGGAGAGUAGCUGACAAUGGGAUCCCUUCUUCAUCGCCUAUUUUCUUCCAGUCGUCUCCAGCCGGGGCCGGGCCUGCAGCCAAUGCCGCGCCAGACCGAAGCUCCCCGAUGCCGUCUUCUCCUCUAGGCGAUCGUGACACUACUCCACGGCCUACUCGCCCAUUAGUUGAAGGACGACCAGGAAACAGUCAAGCCCGACGGAAUGAUAUACCCACCAGUAGCAGUGGCUUAUUUAUCCGUUCUUCUAACCCCAAUGGCAUUACUACACGAAGAGGCGAUAUCCAUUCAGAUACGUUCUCUACCACCGGUUCCGGGCGCAGGACACUGUUUGUUGACGAAAGCGGUCUGCCAGUCCGCAACCGUGAGCCGCUGUCUGAUGCUACAUUCUCCAAUCUCAACCCCGACACAUCGGAGGCAGAAAUUCUAGGAGGGAAUUCCACACGAGUAAUAUGGGGUACAAAUAUAGCCGUCUCAGAUACUAUGUCAUCAUUCAGAAACUUCCUUUACAACUUUGCUAGGAAACACCGUAUGAUCUACGACGGUGCCACUGAAUCUGAAAUCCGUGCACUAGGCUCUUCGGCCGAUGAGAAGGAAUAUGUCAGGAUGCUGAACGAAAUGCGACAGCUUGGUAUCACUGGCCUCAACCUUGACCUCCGAAAUCUCAAGGCCUUUCCGCCCACCACCAAACUAUGGCAUCAAGUUCAAUCUUACCCUCAGGAAAUAAUCCCAAUGAUGGAUCAAUGCAUCAAGGAUGUCAUGGUUGGGUUAGCUGGGGAAGAGAUAGAGCGUGCACGGCAAAGAAAUCAGCGAAGACCAGCGGCAGCUGCGAGAGAUGCUAGCUCUAUUCCUGCAUUUCCUAGCUCAGACGCCGAUGGAAAUGGAAACGCCCCUGCUCAACAGGAUUUGUCUAGUAUUCUGGCAGAUAUUGAAAGCAGAACAUACAAGGUCUUUCCGUUUGGCUUGGAUAAGUCUAUAAACAUGAGAGAUUUGGAUCCGGGUGACCUGGACCGCCUUAUAAGUGUAAAGGGCCUUGUCAUUCGAGCAACUCCCGUCAUACCGGAUAUGAAAGAAGCAUUUUUCCGAUGCGAUGUAUGUUUCCACUGUGUCAGAGUUAACAUCGAUCGGGGAAAAAUUGCCGAACCUACGCGCUGCCCACGACAGCUUUGUGAUGCACAGAACUCAAUGCAGUUAAUCCAUAACCGCUGCAUAUUUGCCGACAAACAAAUCAUACGUCUCCAAGAAACACCAGACUCGAUCCCAGAUGGCCAAACGCCUCAUUCAGUAUCACUCUGUGCAUAUGAUGAAUUGGUGGACAUGUGUAGGGCUGGUGAUCGAAUAGAGGUCACUGGUAUCUUCCGAUCCAACCCAGUUCGAGUUAACCCGCGACAGCGAAGCACAAAAGCGCUUUUCAAGACUUAUGUUGAUGUUUUGCAUGUUCAAAAGAUGGACAAGAAGAAGCUUGGAAUUGAUGCGUCAACAGUGGAGCAGGAACUCUCAGAAAAUCUUUCCCGGGAAGUCGACCAAGUGCGGAAGAUUUCACAGGAAGAAGAAGAGAAAAUCAAGCAAACUGCAGCUCGGCCAGACGUUUAUGAAUUGCUGGCUCGGUCGUUGGCCCCCAGCAUUUACGAGAUGGAAGAUGUUAAGAAGGGCAUCCUCUUACAGCUUUUUGGAGGGACAAACAAGACUUUCGAAAAGGGCGGAAACCCCAGAUACCGAGGAGAUAUUAAUGUUCUGCUCUGUGGAGACCCUUCAACAUCGAAGUCACAGCUGCUUAAGUAUGUGCAUAAGAUUGCACCUCGAGGCAUAUAUACCAGCGGCAAGGGUUCGUCUGCAGUCGGUUUAACAGCCUAUGUGACUCGAGAUCCGGAAUCCAAACAGCUGGUGUUAGAGUCUGGUGCACUGGUCCUGUCCGAUGGGGGAGUUUGUUGUAUCGAUGAAUUCGAUAAGAUGAACGACGCUACCCGAUCAGUUCUCCAUGAAGUCAUGGAACAACAGACAGUGUCCAUUGCAAAGGCUGGCAUUAUCACCACCUUGAACGCAAGAACUAGUAUUCUUGCCUCAGCCAAUCCAAUUGGAAGCAAAUACAACCCCAAUCUCUCUGUACCCCAGAAUAUCGACUUACCCCCCACUCUUCUUUCCCGAUUCGACUUGGUGUACCUUGUCCUCGACCGCGUGGACGAGCAGAACGAUCGUCGCUUGGCAAAACAUAUGGUAGGGAUGUACCUAGAAGAUGCGCCUGAGACAGGCUCGUCUGAGGAGAUAUUGCCCAUUGAAUUCCUUACCAGUUACAUCACUUAUGCAAAGACACGCAUUUCGCCCAAGCUCACCCCCGCUGCAGGCGCGGCGCUUACAGAUGCAUAUGUUGCUAUGCGUAAGCUAGGAGAUGACAUCCGAGCAGCGGAACGCCGUAUCACUGCUACUACACGCCAACUGGAGUCUAUGAUCCGUCUCUCCGAGGCUCAUGCAAGAAUGAGGCUCUCUGAAGAAGUAACGGCCGACGAUGUCGAAGAAGCAGUCAGACUUAUCCGAUCUGCCCUGAAGCAAGCUGCUACAGAUGCUCGCACAGGCCUAAUUGAUAUGAGCCUACUGACAGAAGGCACAACUGCACGAGAGCGAAGAUUGCGAGAUGACAUGAAAAAGGCCAUCCUGGCAAUAGUGGACGAGCUUGGCGGACGCGGUACAGGGGCUCGAUGGGCUGAUGUGCUGAGGAAGCUGAACGAAGGCACCGUCCCUGUCGAAGGGGCUGAGUUUAUGGAGGCUGUUAAGUCGCUUGAGACCGAAGGCCUGGUCAAUGUUGUUGGCGAGGGUGCCAGGCGGACCAUCCGCCGUGUCUUGGGGACUAUCUAG